AAGCAACCUCUGCUGGAGACUUUAGAGUUACAUCACGGCUACGAGGUCUUCUCUGGAAAACUCUAGUUUCAACCACAUAUCGAACUAAAGAUAUUUGGUCUAAGUACCUAAGAUAACUUUUAUAUUUUCGGUAAGGGGAUAUAUCGCGACAAUGACUAGCAAUAAACCCACCGUUCGGUUUACGAUUCCAACGGUCGAUAUAUCCCCAUUCCUUGAAGACCCGACUUCAGCAGAUGCUGCUGAAGUCGUUGAGAAUGUGCGGCAGGCCUGUGUUACAAGUGGCUUCUUCCAGAUCGUUAACCACGGCGUGCCUAAAGAGCUAAGAGACGCUGUCUUCAAGGCUGCAGAGACUUUUUUCGCUAUUCCGCUAGAGGAGAAGAAAAAGAUACGACCUCUAGUUUUAAAGAACAGGGGUUAUGAGUUAAUCGGCGCCCAGGCAUUACAAGAAGAUACUCUUCCCGAUAUUAAAGAGGGUUUCUCCAUCGGGCAACAUAUUGCUAGCGAUGAUCCACGGGCACAAGCGCAUCCAUACUUGAUUGGCCCGAACAUAUUCCCAGAAGGACUCCCCGACGAAGCGUUAAAAAUCCCCACGGAAACCUACUACUCCGUCGUCUUCGAGUUGUCGUGUAAGGUUAUGGAAAUUCUCGCUCGGGGCCUACCCUAUGGCGAUGACGUUUUUGUACCGUUCAUCUCGAACGAUCCGGUUUGCGCCCUCCGGCUAUUACACUACCCGCCGCAGAAUUCAACGGAUGAGCGUCAGCUCGGAGCUGGAGCGCAUACGGAUUUUGGCGCAAUUACACUCUUGCUACAAGACGGCUCCGGUGACCUCGAGGUCCUAGACCAUUCUACCAAUACGUGGAUUGGCGUGGACCCCAACCCGGAUGCUUAUGUGGUCAACAUCGGCGACAUGCUAUCGCUAUGGACUAAGAAUAUGUACAAGAGCACUGUGCACCGUGUUGUUAAUCGUAGCGGCAAGGACCGGUAUUCGGCACCGUUCUUCUUUGACGGCAAUACUGAUGUUGAGCUAAGCCCCUUUGAUGGGAGCGAGCCUACUACUGUUGGUGCUGAUGGUAAGGCCCUGACGGCUGAGGAGCAUAUGCUUGAAAGGUACGGGACUACGUAUGGACGAGUAGCAAAGGGAGCUACGGUUGUUAUUUAGGAGGGUUGCUGUGGAAGAUUGUGUGCUGCCACGUAAUUGAAAAGAGGUACUGGGAAGAGAGGGAGGAUAUUUACUUUCUUAAGCAUGAAUUUCAGUCUUUGUCAUAUUUGGUGAAUGACUGUGCUUAGUAAUACAGUACGCGCAGAUAACUACCUAGGUAACCUUGAUAGCUGAGGUAAUAUGACGGACCUGUGCAUACUCAUAUUACCUACCUAAAUAUCAUGCACAACAAAUUUUAAGUUUGCUGGGGACAGGGAUAAAGACGCAUACACAUACGCUUUAAAGCAUAUAUACAAAUUCUCGGGUUUCGUCCUUGUCGACCCU